AGCAGCUAGGGCAAAGCAGAUCAAAUACAUUGUACUUAUAGCAUACACAUGCACCAGAAGAUGGUCUUGAUGUUUAUCAUCCGAACCUAAUUGCAUAGCGCUCGAGGGGUGACUUCCCCUUGCACGUGAUUGCGAACGUCCUCUUGGCAUCGAUGCACUCGACCGUCUCGACCGUCUCGACAUCGCACUCGCGAUUCAGAAGCAAGUUCAGCAGUAGCAGCUCUAUAUAUUGAUAUUAACUCUGAAUUGAUGAGCUCAAAAGUCUUCCUUUUCCGCCACGGCGAAACGGAGUGGUCCAAAAACGGCCGGCAUACAGGCACAACAGACUUGCCCUUGACGCAAAACGGCGUCGAGCGUGUCAAGCAAUCGGCCAAAAUGCUCGUUGGACUUGGUGGUCUGAUUGAUGGUGUCUCAGACGUCUUGGUCUCGCCACGCCUCAGAGCUCAACAAACUUGGGAGCUUAUUCGUCCCAAGCUCGACGACACUGCUGCUGGAUCUUACUCUUACACUGUCAAGAACGAUAUCCAAGAAUGGGACUAUGGCGCAUAUGAAGGCUUGACCUCAAAGCAGAUCAAUGAGCAGCUAGCUGGCUCACGCCCGUGGAAUGUUUUUCUUGAUGGAUGCCCUCAAGGCGACAAUGCCGAAAGCGCAACGAAACGCCUGGACCGCCUCAUUGGCGAGGUCCGCGAUGUUCACAAAGCAGGACAUGAAGCUGGGCAACAGCGCAACGUCCUCAUCGUUGCUCAUGGCCAUAUUUUACGCGCCUUUGCCGCACGCUGGGUCGGUGAAUCUGUACACUUCGCUAGGCGGCUGACUUAUGACGCUGGCGGUGCUUCAAGACUAGGCUACGAGCAUGGCAACCUGGAUGAACCGACGAUUGAUGUCUGGAACGUAACACCAGAUAUACAUUGCUCCUGAUUGAAUGGUCACAAAG